AUGCCUCCCCACGAAGGAUUAGUUCACCCCAAGGAAUAUGACAUUAAAGACAGCAAUGUCGAACUGAUCGGAUCCGACCUCGACCACCAGGUCAAAUACAACUCGGCCGCCUCCGAGCCCGCCUGGAACAACGGCAAGGUGGGGCAGGAGCCGGGGCUGCUGAUCUGGCGCAUCGAGAAUUUCGAAGUCGUGCCGUGGCCCAAGGAGCGUACUGGCGAGUUCUAUGACGGCGACAGCUUCAUUGUGCUGCACUCAUACAAACUCGGUGACGAUAAGCUGGGGCACGACAUUUUCUUCUGGCUCGGCAGCAAAACCACCCAGGACGAGGCCGGCACCGCCGCCUACAAGACCGUCGAGCUCGACGAGUUCCUGCACGGCGAGGCGACCCAGCACCGCGAGGUUCAACAGCAUCCGUCGGAGGAAUUCACCUCGCUGUUCCGCCGCAUCUCCAUCCGCUCUGGCGGUGUGCGCUCGGGCUUCACUCAUGUUGAGGAGGCACCUCGCGAGGAGGUUACCACGCUGUUGCGUGUCUUCAAGCACCCUGGUGUGGGCCGUGCCGAUUCUCUGAUCGUCUACGAGGUCGAGCCCACCUGGGAAAGCCUGGACGACGGCGACGUCUUCGUCCUCGACAAGGGCGACAAGAUCUGGGUCUGGCAGGGCAAGAGCUGCAGUCCGAUGGAGAAGGGCAAGGCUGCGCAGGUUGUGCACGACCUCACCCUCGCCAAGCACGUCGACGUCGAGGUUCUGUCUCAGCUCGAAGCCCGAUCGAAGGUCAUCGUCGACCUGCUCGGCGGCAAAGAGGUGACGCAGCUGUCCUUCCAGUGCCCGCGGCCUUUCUCAUCUUCCACAAAGCGAGCGCCUACCGACGACGCCGCCAGUCCCCGCAAGCUCUUCCGCCUCAGCGAUGCCUCGGGCAAACUGUCCUUCGAUCUGGUCAAGGAAGGAAACCAGAUCAAGCCGUCAGAUCUGGACGGAAAUGACGUCUUUUUGUAUGACGUCGGAAACAGACUCUGGGUCUGGCAGGGCUUGGGAGCGAGUGCCAACGAAAAGGCUCUGUGGCUCAAGGUUGCCCAGUCAUAUGUUCGCUGGCUUCAGGAGAGCCAGGGGGGCUCGGAGGCGCACUUCACACCGAUCGCGAAGGUCGUGCAAGGACAUGAAAGCCCGGCGUUCAUGAAGGCGAUUGCUGUAUAG